AUGACCUUACUCCGGAGCUUGCUCUUCUACCCACACAAUAGGAGCUUGGUCCGAUGUUUUGCAGUGUUUCGCAAGGACUUCUUGGAGGACACCAGACUCUGUGGCCCUGUAGGCGCAGACGCUUUGGACGUAUUCAUAAACAUUCUAGGUGGAUCCGUGUUCACUCCCAUAUUUGAUGAGCUACAGGAUGGUGGCUUUUUCCGUGGGGUGAUGACAGCACUUCAGGUGUGGUUAGGAGACGGAUGUUUUUCACAUGACUACCAAUCGACAUGGAUAUCUGUUGUUGAAAGGCUUCCGCAGCUCUCCCACGACGCCUUGGGGGACUACGUCCUGAGGGGAAUCGUCCAGCUAUGUCCAUUGCUCAGAGACAUUCAACUUUCUUACGGAGGGAGUUUCUGCCGCGGCGGAUCCCACAAUGACCUUGACCGAAUACACCUUUCAAUCCUUCCGGAUCCCUUCUCCUCUGUGACAUCGCUCACCCUCGAUUGGGAAGCAUUUCAUAAUGAAAAAGGCCUUGUUGUUCACAGAGACGGUGACAAAGAGUGGUGUCAUUCCAGCAUCGAGCGCCUAACACUACUUGGAAAUCCACAUAACGAUGGUUCACUUAAGCUCACGAAUCUUUGGCGGUGGCUGCGCGGCAGCGUCAGGCUGCGCGAGCUCCGACUGAUGCGUGGGUGCGACGAGGACGUCUGGAGGGAUGAAGUCUAUGAUCCAGAAGGGUGCGGUAUCGACUGGAACGACCUUUUGCUGUCGCUCAAAGACAACUUGGAGGUCCUGGUGAUAGAAGGGACCAACCUGAUCAUGGACGAUAAUUUUGACGCCGUUUGGCGCUUUGGCUCGCCCAAGAUGUUCUCGUGCCUGCAUGAGCUCAAGAGGCUGUCUUACCUAAAGACUUUCUUGCACACACUCAGAGACGAUUGUCCGGAGAUCAACAUCCCUCGCACGUGGGACGGACCGGGCGUGCUCGAGUUGGUGCAGGCGAAGCUUCCGCCCAGCUUGAAGAGGAUGGAUGUUGUGGUUGUUGAGGAAACAGUGUAUUUCGACUCUUACUAUUGCAAGAUUGAGAGAUCUAGGACUGUCCGUGUUGAGUUCUAG